CAUCCAUGCACUCCCAAAUAAUCCCUGCAUUUCCACUCUCUCUCUCUCUCUCUCUCUCUCUCUCUCUCUCUGUGAGCGGCGACUGAGGAGGGCCAAACAGAACGAAAAUGUACAAGACGAAACUGCAGGAGGUGUGCCAAGGGAACAAAUGGGGGUUGCCAAAGUACUCUUGCAUCAAAGACGGAUCAGACCACGCCCCGCAUUUCAGAGCAUCCGUCUCCGUCAAUGGCGUCUCCUUCGACUCCCCCUCCGUCUCUAAAUCCUCCAAACACGCUCUCAACGAAGCCGCCAUGCUCGCCUUCCUCCACUUCGCUUCUCCUGAUAUCCAACCCGUUGCUGAAGGGGCAGAGACUGAAGAAACACAUAUCAACUCAAUAAUCCCUUCAAAUGAGUCAGAUGUGAAAGUAGGUAAACAACAUAAGUACAAGAUGCAGCUGCAGAAUUAUGCUCAAAGCAAAACUCUUGAUCCACCUUUGUACUCUAGUAAAAGUGAAGGCCCACCUCAUGCUCUUCAAUUCCAGGCAACAGUUACCAUUGACGGCCAUUCCUUUGACAGUCCGGGGCACUUUAGGACUUUAAAGGAAGCAGAACAUGUUGCCGCAAAGGUUGCUUUGAUGUCGUUGUCCUUGGAUUCCUUUCAAGAGAUUGACGCUCGAUUAUACAAGAAUCUCUUGCAAGAGUUGGCUCAGAGUGAAGGUUUUACCUUGCCAGAAUAUAAAACUGAAAAAUGCGGUCCACCCCAUAGGCUGACCUUCUUCUCCACUGUGGAAGUAGAAGGAGAAAUUUUCCGGGGGAAAGGGGGGAAAUCCCAUAAACUGGCAGAGCAAAAUGCUGCAAAGGUUGCUUACGCGACUUUUGUGGAGCGUAAAUCAACCAGGUGUUGUGAUCCUACUUCAGGAGGUUCCGAUGAAGAAGAAAUGCUCAAAUGCUCACCUAGCCCAGACCCUUCCAAAGAGUUUGUGAAACAGGCUGAAGAAACUAAUGACGAAGAAGUGGUAUCCACUGAAAAUGUGCUUGCAAGUACUAUGGAAUCUCCAAUAUUACCGAAGAUGGAAGAAACUAUUGGAAGUGGGAAAUCACCUUCUUCAUUUGAAUCACCGCCUAAAUCAUCGACUCUGGCAAUAACUGAUUCAAAGAGAGAGAAGAAUGUGGAGGUGAAGAGUUACUUGCUCGGCAACAAGGUCAGAGUUUAUACAUGCAUUCCCGAAAUUACAUUCCCCAAGGGCAUUGUGCUGCUUCCCAUUGACGACUGCAAGUGGGUUGCCGUGAGCUUGGAGUUCCCUAAUGAAAAGGGUAAAUGAUUCAUCGACUGCUUCGAUCAUGGCCUAUAAAGGUGAAAAUGGAAUGACUUCUAUUUUUAACUUGAUGACACAUCUGUUUUCUGAGAAUCACUUGAGACAUAUAUAACACAUCAAGACUUAUCCUGCUGGAGUUGUGUUCAACAAACUUCUGCUUGGGAUUUCUAAGUUCUAACUGGAAUAUAUGCCCUUUGCUGGCUUCUUAUUUGUCUAAUGUACUAA